UGGAGAAGAGAGAGAGGUGAGAGAAAUAGAGAAUGUUUUCCUUAACAGACAUGGCAGAGCCACGCCUCUCAUACUAAAUCCAUGUCCAGUCUAUGCAUACGGUCUCUUCUCUCUCUCUAACUCCCUACUUUAUCCUCUACACUCUCUAACUAUGUUCGUAUUUCAGUCUUAAAGAUUGUUUCUCUCUCUAACUCUAUUUCCUGCACUUUAGGGUUUGCUCUCCUCUCUCUAACUCACGAAUUUAUCCCCCCCUCUAUUUAACCAUAUUGUUCCUCUCUGUGUCUCACGAAUUUCUCCCCCUCCUGUAACCCACGUAUUAUUUCUUCCCCUCUCUCUCUCUCUCUAAGUCCACGAUUUCUGCGUCGCUGUCCAAAGAUCGGGUGCUUACUGUCACAGAAAUGAGUCGCAACCCUGAAGUUCUUUGGGCUCAGCGUUCUGAUAAAGUUUACGUGACUGUUGCUUUACCUGAUGCAAAAGAUAUCUCUAUUAAAUCCGAGCCUCAUGGGUUAUUCAUAUUUUCUGCAAAGGGGAGAAACAAUGAAUCCUUCGACUUCUCUCUGGAGCUUUAUGGACCAAUAGUUCCUGAGAGUAACAAAUCAAAUUUUGGAUUGAGGAAUAUACUCUGUGUCAUCCAAAAAAAGGAGGAGGGUUGGUGGCCAAGGCUUGUGAAAUCAGAUGGAAAGCCAGCUCCAUACAUCAAAGUUGAUUGGAACAAGUGGUGUGAUGAGGAUGAGGAAGAGGCAAUAAAUACUGAUACACUGGCAUUCAGCGGAGACCAAGAGAAUACCAAGAAGUAUGAAGCAGAUGAUGAAAGCAGUGAAGAUGAAGGAUUACUCUAUCUCCCGGACUUACAGAAUGCACGGGAUGAUUGAGGUGUUGGCCUAGAGGAUGACAAGGUAAAAACAGAUAGGAAGAAAUAGAAAGGAAACUGACCUCGAAUCUCGUUUCUGUCCAUACAAACCUAACCCCCAAAAUCCAUACGUGUGACAGUUAUGUGAAUUGUUCUUUAUUUCCUUAGUCUUGGCGACUCGAAAGUGAUUCUUAACU